CCUGCCCCCACGGCCGUGGCAAUGCGGCCUGUGAUACGGGGGCCGGUGCCGUCCACGAGCCUGCUCCGGUUUCUUCGAUCCCAAACCGACACACUUUCCGUCUUCUGUCCGACCAUCCCGAACCCCGCCGCCGCCGCCGCAGUCCCGCGGUGCAAAGCCGCCCAGAAUGCGCCCUGCCUCUGUCUCGCGAGACGGCCUCCGCGCCGCUCCCUCUCAACCACCCGGCCGAGAAGAGCCCAGGCGGCGUUGACCGCCGAGACGGAGAUGCUCCGGGCCUCCCUGUUUGACCUCGAACACCUGACCACGCGCCUCCAACGGACGUCGCGGCGAGACGUUGCGGGGACAUCACCGUCCACGUCCCCAUCUCCGUCCCCGGGAUUUUUCAGCACGGCGGGGGCGCGUUGGGAUCGGGACAGGGACAGCGACAACGACAGGGACAGGGACAGGGACAGGGAAGAUCAGGGGAAGAAGGGCAGCGCCAGCUCGACAACUUCGUGGGUGGAGAAGCUGUGGGGGGCGACGGCGAGGAAAGGAGCCCGGCCGCUUCGGCCUAGCGAUUUGCCCUGUCACGACGAGGUGAAGGUUGGUCGUCACUCGGCUUCCAUGUUCAACUCGCGGCGUAUCUUGACGGCCAAGUCUGCGUCCGAGCCGCGGCUGCGGUGUACAGAAGUGGAUGAGAACGGGGAGGUGAUCUUGGUGGACGGGGAGUUUAAGAAGACGGAGCUGAUUGCCAAGUACGGCCUUUUGCCACGAGACUUGCGCAAAAUCGACUCGUCCAACCUCCCGCACAUCCUCGUCCGACCGUCGGCGAUCCUCCUCAACCUGCUACACCUCAAGGUGCUGAUCAAGAAGGACCGGGUGCUGCUGUUCGAUAUCUACGGGUCCAAGACGUCGUACCCGCAGUCGGCCUUCAUGUACGACCUGCAGGGGAAACUCAAACAGAAGACGGGCCACGGGGUGGGCAGCGGGCUGCCGUACGAGUUCCGGGCGCUGGAAGCGGUGCUCACGUCGGUGACGUCGGAGCUGGAGGCCGACUUCGAGGCGGUGCGGGACCCGGUGAUCCGCAUCCUGAGCGAGCUCGAGGACGACAUUGACCGGAACAAGCUGCGCAUCCUGCUCAUCUUGUCCAAGCGCGUCAGCACCUUCGAGCAAAAGGCCAAGCUCGUGCGCGACGCCAUCGAGGAGCUGCUCGAGGCGGACGAUGACUUGUCGGCUAUGUAUCUCACCGAGAAGGCCCACGACCUGUACCGUGGCGUGGAUGACCAUACCGAGGUGGAGCUGCUGCUCGAGUCGUACAACAAGCUUUGCGACGAGAUUGUCCAGGAGGCCCAGAAUCUCGUUACCAGUAUUCGGAAUACCGAGGAGAUCAUCCGGGCCAUCCUCGACGCGAAUCGCAACUCACUGAUGUUGCUGGAGCUCAAGUUCAGCAUCGGGACCCUGGGACUGGCCAUGGGCACAUUCCUGGCCGGCCUGUACGGGAUGAACCUGGAGAACUUCAUCGAGGAGACCAGCUGGGGCAUGGGCGCGGUGACAGGUGUGUCGGUGAUACUGUCCCUGUUCGUGUGCUGGUAUGGCUUGAUCAAACUCCGCAAGGUGCAGAGGGUCAAGAUGAUGCACGACGAACGGGGCACCUCCGUGGGGGCUGUUCGGCAUCACUGGUUCCAGGAUGAUGGGCCGGUCGGGCUGUUGCAGGCUUCGAACCGGGAGAAGUUUCGGCGCAUCACCGUGCAAAAGGGGAUCAAGACGCCGAAGAGAUGGUUUUGAGAGGGCUAUCGUCAUCCCCUAGAUCUGCCUUUCGGCAUUCCUUUUCUACACUGUAUGCUAUGAUCGAACUAUGUACGUAUGCACUUGCAAGCGUUGCAUAUCUUUACGACAAGGAUAAGAGGAUGGGCAGGGAAAAGAAGACGGGCAGGGGAAAGAGGGGGCAGGGCAGGUGGACUCAUCCCUGAUGAUGCCAUAUUGUACGAGUAUAAACUGGAGUUUUGGAGAAAAAUACAUCGCCCUCCACUUGGUGUGUUUGAG